GCUUUAUCCAUUUCGCGAUCACAGCUUUGUACUUUUCUCCACAAAUCAUGGGAUGCACGUACGCAAAGACUACGGAGUAUGAACAGAAACCAAAGAGAGGCCGGCUGAGGGCGCUGUUCGGACGGGAUCACAGACGUAGCAAGAUUCAAACUAUCCACAUAGGAGAUCCUGUAGGAGUAGCCGUGAAUGAAGGCACUCCAAUGUUGAAUCUUGCACGAAAAACAGAACAGACUGUGUUGACUCAGCUGAGGGUGGAAGGAAUCAUACCAAAAAAGGGAUCAGGAGGCGUGGCCUUCACCGUGAAAAUUAAUGACGAAAUUCAACACCGGUCGGCCUCAAAUGACACAUCUUAUCAAUUACCGGGAAUUCCACAAUAUUUCAGGGAUACUACGAAACCAAUGAACUUAAAACCCCGAAUCUUACCACCUCUAAACACAAGGAGUGUAAUCAAAUCAUCUCCUCAGCAACGUGAAAUGGAUGCAGAAAAUUUGAAGUACGAAACUCUAAGUAGGAAAGGGGAAAUGGCGCGAUUGUCUGAUCACAGACGACAAUUAGCAGCGACCAAAAGAGAAGCGAAGGAGAAAGACAGGCGCGAGCGACUAGAGGCGAAGAUAAUGAAAAAUUCUUCUCAGGAAAUCCAGGGAAUUGAUAAGGUAAAGGUCACCGAGAAAAUUGAACAAGCACGGCUUAAAAGGGAACAAACAGCCGAAGAAAAACUAGCAAGAAUCAACGCAAAAUUGGCCAAAAUUCCAAAGCAGGAGAAACCAAACAAGAUAUCUACCGAGGAGAAAUUAGAGCGAGCUCGACAGAAAAGAGAAAAACGACUGGAAGGAGUGAGAGAGAAGUGGGAAAAGAAGGAGAGAAAGAUGGAGGAGAUUAAGAAGAGUCGAAGAUUAGAUAAACCGCAAGUGUCUGUACCGAACAUCGAACUCAGUUAGAUGAUGAUGAUGAUGAUGAUGAUUGAUUUGUUUGAUCAUGAUGAUAAAAAAAAUGGACAAAUAAAAUAGUUCC